AUGCAACCAGCCCCGAAGAGACGCAAAAUCGAAAGUCCCGUGUCCGCCGCUGUCACCAGACCAUCUAGAGUACCAUCACAAGGAUCGGAGCAACAACAAAGUCCGAGACUACGGAAAUACGAUCAGCUCAUCGGCAUGGCACUGCAUAAUGCUCCAGAACAAUGCUUACGCAUUGAUGAAGUGUACGAGUGGAUCAUUGAAAAUGUUCCCGACCACAAUCUCGAGGACAAGAGCUGGAGGGAUGGAAUCUGGGUCGCUUUGGCAGAAAACAACGACUUUAUCCGCCGAGAUGGUGCUUCGGAAGGACUUUGGACAUUCCGCGAGGACGCCAGUAUGAGAUACAGACCACAAGAUCAGACAACGGUUCCUCAAUCGAGAGCUGGCGCCUCACCACAAGAAGUUCAUGACAACAAUGCCCACGCAAAGCGAGGGGUAAAUACAUUCAUGUCCCUUACUUCAGCUCAUGAUCUUGUUAACAACGACUUUGAACUGCCCAUAACUCCUGUCGGCCAGACCAGCAGGAAGCUGUCAGUUAGAGCUAGGAGUCAAACCUCUGUGUUGCCCUCUACGAUUGACGACACCAUUGAUGUGGUUGAUCUCACCUUGGAUGAGGAUGAGCAAUCGCCUCCAGUAGCAGAUCCACAGGAUCAUCAGAAGCCGCCUGCAGAGAGAACUGUCACCAGUCUCUUGGACGAAAUGCCUGACAACAUCUCAGAAAGGAACCAGCGGCCGAGUUUCGCUGAAUUCGGAGAGCCUACCUGGAUAAAACAAACGAUUACCACCCCGACACAGAAGUCUUUGACACCCUUCACGGAUCGUAUCCUAGAGACUGCCUCAAAGCAGGACCUAGAAAGAGUUUCAGGGACUGAAAAAUGGAAGGCGGCUAAGAGACAUGUCAACAACCUUCUCGGGUCACCUCCCAGAGCAAUCAGACCAACUGAUAGAGCUCAAACUUCCAUCCCGAGAUCUCCCAAAAACACCUCCGGCUUGAAAUCUCUGAGCUCUCAGCCUCCAGAAUCGGUUGCGGUACCGAGCACAGAGAGUCCAUAUCAUGGCACAAUAUUCACCAGAAGCUUGCUCGACGUUGACGAUACAGCACACAAGCAGGAGCAACAGCAAGUGCCAGAUCCUACAGAGAAUAUUGAACAGUCAGACACCGUUGACCAUGGCUCGAAGCAGGCGUCGCCGGCGCCGAACGAUGAGAGCACGCCGAUGGAUCUUGAUCGUCCAGAGGAAUCCCUUAAGCUGGAUUCUGGUAAAGGUUUCCUUCCAGAGCUUACUCAGAUAUCAGACGACGCCACUCUCAACCAAAUUGAGCCGGUACUAGGAACACAAGCUGACAAGGCUUUCUCUCAAGAGUCACAACUCGAUAAUUCACAGCCUCAAGAGCGACCGUCGCACGAACCCUUGCUGCAAGAACAUCACAAGUCAAUUUUCGAACAACUUAUUGCAGAGGAACCCAUCUCAAAGGAGCCCAUCGCAGAAGAACCAGUUGUGGAAGAACAACUUGUCACAAAGACGCCUUGGAAUGCUUAUGUGAACUCGGCUGCUCAGACCGAUUUAGCAGCGGCACCUUCGUUGGCCCUCGGAAACAUCACACAUGUUAGUCUCGAGCCAGAGGCACCUGUAGGGAUUGCUCCUGCGGUUUUCCGUCAACAUAAAGACUCCGCCACACAGACUGAGCGUGCACCAGAACCGCAAGCAGCACCUCACUUGCUGCCACAAGCCCUACCAGCCGCAGCUCAAGAUGAAACAACAGGACCCUCCGUACCAAAGACCAAAAGCGGCCCGAUGACGCGAGCCAAAUACGAGAAGAAGGCUCUGAAACUGCUCAAGGAGUACAUGUAUCGUCCCCAGGAACCACAAACCGACCAAGGCGAAGCCCCAGCGCAAGAAGAAGCCGACCCUUUCUCCUUCGAUCGCGAAGCCAAGAUGGCAGAAAUUCGUGCCAGGCCAACAUGCAAACAGAUUUUCGGUAAAGUCGCCCUGUCCCGUGUCGCUGGCAACGAUGCUUUGACCAGAUUGAACAAGAUUGUACUUGGCAAAGACAGGCUUGAGACAGUGAACCUCUACAAAGGAUAUACGGAGGAAGAGAUUGCCGAAGAAAAGAGGUUGAAUGCGCAAGAGGGUCACUAUGAGAAUUUGGAAGAGCUGUUGAAUUUGCCGCAGAGGGUCGUGCCGCUUAUUCAUGAGCAGCAGUUGGCAUUUAGGGAUUAUGCCCCUGCUCCGAACGGCUCACGCAGGGUCCCUAGAGCCAAACAUAUCUUCAAACUUGGACCAAAUGCGAGAUGGUAA